AUGCAAGCAGUGAAUCCUUCUUUGUCUCAGUUCACUGGAACUGCUUUUCCGGUCGCUGCCGGUGGUUUUAACCGUGACUUUGGAGUUAAAGUGCAGAUCGGAGACGACGAGUCGAGCAAACAGCUUGAAAUGGAAGAGAAAGAAGAAGAAGAAUUUUCGUUUGAAUGUUUAAAUCCCGACGGUUCGCUGAUAUCGGCCGACGACGUUUUCCUUAACGGUAAGAUCCGUCCGGUUUAUCCGUUUUCUAACGAAGAUCUUGUUUUCGCUAACGGAAACGGUUCCGUCUCAAAGCCUGAAGAUUGUGAAAUGUCUGUAAGGACUCUAUUGAAGAAGGUUUUCGUUGAAGGUUCGCCGGAAACGACGUCGUCGUCGGAAACAACGGGACCGUACCGGAGGAUCGUGGAGAAAACGUUGCCGGACACGUGUAAGAAGAGCAAUUCAACGGGAUUUUCAAAGCUUUGGAGGUUUAAAGAUUUCAUGAUUCGAAGUAAUAGCGACGGUAAAGACGCCUUCGUGUUUUUUAACCAUACGACGUCGUCGUCUUCUGGUACUUCGUCGGUAAAAGCUGAAAUGAAAAGCGAAAAACCAAAGGCGACGAUAAAACAGAAGAGUAGCAAAACGACGUCAGCUCAUGAAAAGCUUUAUGUUAAAAACAGAGCAACGAGGGAAGGGGAAAAACGACGGUCGUUUUUGCCGUAUAAGCAAUUUGGGUUUUUUACUAACGUUAAUAAGCUAAGCAGAAAUCUUCAUCCUUUUUAG